GGUGAUUCAACCUGCUAUAGUUUUGGUCUUAAAUAUCUGUUCGAUUGUGGAAUUGUUUUUAUUUAUAGCUCUGUAGGAGCUCUGUUACUAGCAGCUAGUCAUUACAAGUUUCGCUCCAUGGCUACAAAACGUAGCCCAACGACAGAAUGGGGUCGUUUUAUGAGGGCGCCUCUCAGCUACCUAACUAGCUCCACAUUUAUCUUCAUAAGUAGCUUCAUACCGCUGCCAAAUCCUCGAAAAUACAUUCGCAUCGUCUGUAUUUCUGAUACUCACAAUCGGACCCCCAAAGUUCCCGAUGGCGACGUGGUCAUUCACGCUGGCGAUCUAUCAAAUCACGGCACAAUAGCAGAGCUACGACCGCAAAUCGCCUGGCUGGACGGCCUCCCGCAUACGACAAAACUUGCAAUUGCAGGAAAUCACGAUAGUUGGCUUGAUCCAGAACUUCGUGCAAAGAAUGGACUGCAACAUGAAUCGCUGUCCUGGAAAUCCAUCACGUACCUUCAAGACAGCGAAACCGUCGCCCACGUGCCUUUUCCCGAUGAGAUGAGAACAGGAAGAUUGUCGAUAUAUGGAUCACCGUGGGUACCGCAUCGUGGAGUCGACUAUUAUGCAUUUCAGUAUACGAAAGAAGAAGCACACGCGCGAUGGCACCACACUAUCCCUCAAUCUCUGGAUAUUCUCAUCACGCAUACACCGCCACGAUAUCAUCUCGACGUUCCUGACGGCGGCGCAAAUGUAGGCAUGCAUUUCGGUUGUGAUGCUCUACUGGAAGAGCUUUGGCGUACGAGGCCGCCUCUCCAUAUCUGUGGGCACGUCCACGGCGCGCGUGGUAGGAUUGUGCUUAGAUGGGACCAGGGACAGCGAGCAUAUGAAAGAGCUUGUGCAAGGAAGCCUGGAAACGAGGGUUGGGGUGUAUUGGAAUUGCUGCACUUUGAGGUGUGGUGCGAUUUAUGGAUUGUGCUUGCUUCUGGCGUUUGGGGGCUUGCGAAGAGCUACGCAGGUUGGGACCACAAUGACCAGAAGACCAUUCUUGUCAAUGCAGCUGUAUGGUAUGAUGAGAGCGGGGGGCUAAAGGUUCCGAUCCCAGUCAUUAACGUCUGAUCGGGUCUGUAACUUGGUCGACUGGUAUGAAACUAUCCCUUCCAAUCGGUAUGAGCCUUGUCCCUACUUGAAACGGUUGAGAAUCCUGGAUUGUCAUUUCGGAAAGCUCGUGUCGGGAGCGAGAUUCAUUCCCAGAUGAAGCCGAGCGGUCGGCAGUGCCAUUUUGCGAAAAUGUUGGGGGAUAUUAUGCGAGAUCCGCCCAUCGUCAAAAAUGGAA